CGGUUGCCAUAGCGCUGACGCCGGCCCGGCCGGGGAAGAUGGCGGCGGCUGUGUCGGUGGCGGGGCCUGGGGAGGCAGCAGCGGGUCCUGAGCCCGAGCCCCGCGGCUCCAUCCGGCGCUACCUGGCCCGGCUCGGCGCGCUGCGGCCCCUGCCCGGCCCGGAUCCGGAGGGCGAGAGCGGCCGCCGCACCGAGCUGCACCUGCUGUUCGACCAGCUCAUCUCCGAGAACUGCGGCCCGGGGGCGCCGGGGCCCACGGGGGCGCCGAGCCCGCAGGAUGUUUGUGCUCUACUUGUUCAAGCCUGUCAACUGGUUCAUCUCACUCAGGAACAUCUUGUGAACAAAGUUUGUCAACUCAUUCAUCAUUUACUUAACAGAUUCCAGGUAGUGGUUGAUGAACAGAAUUUGGAUUUUCUUCUGUCCUAUUCCAUCUCUGCUCUCAAACAGUGCAGCUCUUGGACACACACUGAAAUUCUGCAAGCCUUAACAGCUCUUGUCUACAACAAUGGACCUAAUUGUCAGAAGUAUCUCCCGGAUUUGCUGGGGAAGAGCGGAUUGUUGGUACAGUUCAGUGAUCUUGCUCAGCCUGAUGUGGAACUCAGGAGGGCAGCAGUACACAGCAUGGCAAAUCUGUGUCUCAGUGUGCCUGGACAGCCAUACUUAGAUGAGUCUUACAGAAGUCUGUGCUUUCAAACUUUCCUAAGUGUGUUACAGUCUUCAAAAACUUCAGAUGUAGAUGACAUCACUUUUUGUAUGCUGUUACAGAAUGCGCUGAAAGGUAUCCAGUCACUUUUAAACGGUGGGAAGAUGAAGCUAAUGCAGACUGAUCAGCUUGGGUCCCUUCUUGCGGUAUUAAAGAAAUGCAUGUUCUAUGGGCUUCCUGGACUGAACGUGGAAAUGCCUGCAGUCUUGUACCCUGCUCCACUUCCUCAGUAUGAUGGACGAUCACCUGUCAAACCGGAGCAGUUGGAAUUGAGCACCGUUAAGCAAACAGGGACCCGAAGGAAAAAGUCCAAGGGGAAACAAAAGAAAGGACAAUUGGGGGAAGAAGUGAAAGAAGAAUUAGAAAGUGAUGUAGGAGAUGGAGCAAUCCAUGGAAUGAAUAUAUUUCAGUUACAUUCAGGCAAUGCACAAAAUAGUCCUUGUCUAAAUCCCUGGAAUCGUACAUUAGAUGCUGCAUACAUGCCUGCUGGAAAGGAUCUCUUAUCAUCAUGCUAUCCCAGCUGGAAAAGGAUCAGCAGCAGUGAGUCGGAGUAUUCUGAUGCUGAAGGUGGAAUACAAAGCAAAAUGAGAUCUUAUCAAGCCAAAGUUCGUCAAGGGGCUUUAGCCUGUUUCCUUUCCACUAUCAAAUCAAUAGAAAAAAAAGUUCUUUAUGGCUACUGGUCAGCAUUUGUUCCUGAUACACCUGGAAUAGGCAGCCCACAGUCUGUGUCCUUGAUGACUAUUGCAUUGAAGGAUCCCUCUCCAAAGACUCGGGCCUGUGCUCUUCAGGUUCUCUCCGCCACCUUGGAAGGUUCUAAGCAGUUUCUUUCUGUUGCUGAAGACGCACAUGACCAUAAAAGAGCUUUCACUCCUUUCUCUGUAACGAUUGCUUCCAGCAUCAGAGAGUUGCAUCGCUGUCUGCUGCUAGCCCUGGUGGCAGAAUCCUCCUCACAAACCCUUACACAAAUCAUCAAGUGCCUUGCAAAUUUGGUAUCGAAUGCACCAUACAGCCGUUUAAAACCUGGUCUAUUGACAAGAAUUUGGAACCAGAUAAAGCCAUACAUUCGUCAUAAAGAUGUUAAUGUCCGGGUUUCCAGCCUCACCUUGUUAGGCGCUGUCGUAUCCGCUCAAGCGCCUUCACCAGAAGUACAGUUACUUCUGCAACAGCCCAGUUCUUCCGGACUAAGUAACAGCGGUACCGCAACCCCUCGUCGCGUCAGUUCCUCUGAGUGGUGGAGAAGAGCACCACCUUCGCAAGGGGAUCCCACGGACAAUUGGGAGAGUUCAUCUUCAGAGCCUUGUUGGCUCAUACGUCUUUGUAUCUCCACUGUUGUUCUGCCCAGAGAGGAUUCCUAUUCUGAUAGCGAUACUAGCUUCACAGCUAGUACUGUCUAUGAACCAUCUCCUGUUCGACUGGAAUCUUUACAGGUCUUGGCACUUCUUGUGAAGGGCUAUUUCUCUGUGGCUCAGAGCUAUUUGUUAGAGCUUGGAGAGGUGGCUUGCAAAUGCAUGGAGGAAACAGAUCCAUCCAUUCAGCUCCACGGUGCCAAACUUCUGGAGGAGCUGGGCACAGGCAUAGUACAACAGCACAAACCAGAUUCAGCCAUUGCUGUCAAUGAGAAAGUACCUGUCAACUUGGUUGUAACCUUUUGGACUAUGAUGUUAAAUGGCCCUUUACCUGGUGCCCUUCAGAAUGCUCAACAUCCUACCCUUCAGACAAGUGCCUGUGAUGCUCUUUCUUCUAUCUUACCGGAAGCUUUCGGCAGUCUGCGGGAUGACCAGCAGAUACUGUGCAUCACGCUACUGCUGGGGCUGAAUCACAGUGAGAAUCCCCUGGUGAAAGCUGCUGCUGCACGAGCCCUUGGAGUCUACGUCCUCUUCUCAUGUCUUAGGCAGGAUGUGAUGUUUGUUGCUGACACAGCAAAUGCUAUCCUGAAUUCCCUCCAGGACAAGUCUCCAAACGUCCGUGCCAAAGCAGCCUGGUCCUUGGGCAACCUUACAGACACGCUGAUUGUCAACAUGGAAAUGAUCGGGCAGAGCUUCCAAGAGGAAUUCUCAGAUCUCCUACUACUGAAAAUGUUACGAUCAGCAACUGAAGCAUCCAAGGACAAAGACAAGGUAAAGAGCAAUGCAGUCCGGGCCCUAGGAAAUCUGCUUCAUUUCCUUCAACCAUAUCACAUAGUAAAACCCAGAUUUAGUGAAACCAUUAAGGAAUCCAUUCAGGCCCUUAUUUCUACUGUCCAGAGUGAGGCUACCAUGAAAGUACGGUGGAAUGCAUGUUAUGCGCUGGGAAACGUAUUUAAAAACCCUGCCUUGCCACUUGGAGAAGCUCCUUGGACUGCACAAGCCUAUAAUGCUCUUACAUCAGUGGUGAAAUCAUGCAAGAAUUUCAAAGUCCGAAUCAAAUCUGCCAUGGCCCUCUCCAUCCCUACCCAAAGGGAGCGCUACGGAACCGCUGAACAGUUUUCCCAGAUCUGGAGUGCAUUGGUUAUAGCUUUGCAGAAGAGUGAAGACACCGAGGACUUUCUGGAGUUCAAAUACAGUGCCAGCCUAAGAACGCAGAUCUGCCAGGCUCUGAUUCAUUUGUUAAGCUUGGCAAACAGUACAGACCUGCCAUUCAUUAGGAAAACUAUAGCAGAAAAUGGGGAUGUGAUCAGAUCCUAUGUCUUGCAAUAUAUGAAAUCGGGGGUUGAAGAAGAUGAAGCAGGAAUACACACAAACUCCCAUGAAAGAGACAGAUUGUUGAAAAGAGCUAUUGAGCAUAUUUGUGGUAUUGAGGAACUGUCAGAAGGCAAAGCUAAAGUAGUAGUAGCUGCUUAUCUAGAAGAUAUCUUGACAAACCACAUCAACUCCACUGAAUUAACGGAGGCUUAGGAAGAGAAAUCCAUUGCUUUAAUGACCAGUAAAUUGUGCCUUCUGAUUAUAUGCAGAGGGAAGUACGCUGCUUUUAUGUAUGCAAGAUGUCCAGGAGAGAGGUUUCCUAUUGGCAACAUUAAAACAUUUAUUUCAAACUUA